AUGAAGAUCGAUGAGGAAGAUGUUGUAGCAGUUCUAAACCUUCCCCGCGACCCGAGAAAAGUUUUGGAUACUUCUAAAGGUGGUGAUAAUUAUGAAUAUUACGAACUUGUUCAGGAAUGGAAAGGAAGAUGGGGAGGGGUACCAACCAAUGCUGUAAUUGAAGAUAACUUGGUUAAGCGCAAUGAUGCUGGUGUUAAUUUUGAAAGGGAUUUCAUUGUGUUUGUGGUAUCAAGUUUCUUGUAUGGUCACAAGAAUACUAAAUGCAAGUUCAAGGUUCUGAAAUCUUUGAAGGAUGUUGAAAAGAUCAAGGACUAUAAUUGGUGUCAAUAUACCAUCAAAGCUUUAGUGGAGUCACAAAUCAAAUGGAGAGUUAAAAGGACAGAAUCUUUCUAUUUUGAGCCACUUACCUUAUUAGUGCUUUGCUAUUUGGAUAGAACAGAAUACAUGUACUCUGAACCAAGGGUAUUCCCAGUGAUUAAAAAUUGGGAUACCGAUAAAAUCAAGAUAAGAUCAGAUAUGGAGAUCAGCGGUGAUGAGUUUGGAAAUGUUAGGGUACAUGAUCAUCUAAAUAUUCCUCUGGAACAGAAAGUUGAAGAUGAGGACUCCCAACAAAAAUCAAAUUGUGAUAAUUGA